ACAUGGACCCGGUACAAGAAGGUGAAGGUUCCAUGCCGGAAUUGAAUCUGGAUCAUUUGAAGUUAGAAGAGAAAAAGAAGAUUGAAGAAUUGGAUUCUGGAAGUAAGGAGAGAAGCCCGCCAGCUCAGGAGUACAGCUCGAGUUUCCCAACGCAAAAAAGAAAGCAGAGCCAACAAACUUCGACCAGGGAGACCCAUACUACUAAGGCUACAAGCGCACAAAAAAGGAGGAAAUUAGCACCGACAGAUCAACGAGUCAAAACCCAGGAUGCUGCAAAAACUCAAGUGCCAUCGACCACACGAGGGAGGCCAGCUGACCAGGUUCCAGGAAAGGAGAAAAUUCAACGACGAAUUAAAAGUAGACGUAAACCACAGUUUACAGCAUCAACAACUAAGGCAGACCCAAGGAGGACCAGCGUGGAGACCGAAAAGCCAGGAAAGACCUGUAGACACAACCGUGCCGGAGCAACAAGUUAG